AUGGAAAAGUCGAAAUUAUCAAACAAUAAUGAGGGAAAGUCAUCUUAAGUCAAUAUCACUACUGCAGCAGGCUCAUUAAAUGAAUAAUCAAGGUUAGUUCUUUACUAUUUUAUUCUCUCAUUUAGCUCACAAAGAUUCAAUUUUUCAAAGAGGCUAGAGUCUCCUAAAUCAUCUGACAUUUCGAAGUACUUUACUGCUUCAGCUUCAGUUCGAGGAAGUAACAUUGGGAAGAAAAUACUUCACGAAUAAAAAUUUCCUGCAGCAGGUAGAGUUAGCAAUCAUAAAGCUCCUAUGGGAUAUAAAACUUCUUACUGGUAUAAUAGUCCCCAGAUUAAAACAAAUGAAAACUUUAAUUUUUGGCAUGAUAUAAAGGCUAAUGUAGCAACUAGAACUAAAUGGGAGGAUAAUAAUCUGAAUAAUGGUGAAUCACCAAGGAACGCCUCGACAUUAAUAAAUCCAAACACUUAAAAUGGGUUUGAUUUCAAAUAAAGUAUUAAAAGAGGAUCAAGUGAAACUAGGUCAUUCAAUAGUCAGACGUCAAGGCAUUAGCAUAAUCCGAUUAAUAAGCAUGCUGCAAGAUUUCUAUACAGUCAAAUUGAUUUAGGGAGUGAUGAUGAUGAUAGCAGAGGUGCAUCACCAGCAAGCAACUUUUCAAAGUCUAGGGGAACUUCGUAAACAAAGUUAUUAUAUGAAGGUGAUAAUCCGAAUUUACAAAAUUGCUUUUCAUAAGGAAGGCUAAAUUCAAGUAUUAAUCAGUAGUAGCAAAGAGCCUCAUAGAAUGGAGUUGAAAUGAACAAAUAAAGGCGUAUUGAUGGUCGAUUGAAAUGGUUUACUUCAUAAAUCAGUGAUUUACCUGGCCCUAAAACUGAAGUGUUGCAUAAUGUAGCACAAACUUAUAAGAAAGAGUAAAGUGAAGCAUCGAAAUUAUAAAAUGAGAAGAAUAUUCUUAAGAACAAAAUAUCUUUGGGUAGUUACUACUAAGAAUCGAAGUAUUUAGAAGUAAGCCAACUCAAAGGGAAGAUGGAUUAAGAAGUUUUAGAUGCCAGAGCCAAGCUCGCCGCUCGUUUCAAUAAUGCCGCCCAAAUCGGAGGCAAAGGUACCCAGAGAAGAAAGAAGAAGCAUGUUAAUGUGCAAAACGUGAAUGAGGACAAGAAGUUGAUGUCUGCCAUCAAGAAGUUCGGAGUUCAACCACUUCAAGAUAUUGAAGAAGUGAAUAUGUUCAAGGACGACAACACUGUUGUUCACUUCAAGAAGCCACAAAUUCAAUUCUCCGUCCGUGAGAACCUCUUGGUCGUGACUGGAAACCCAGAGACAAAGGAGUUGAAGGAUUUGAUGCCUGAGAUUCUCAAGCAAGUCGGUCCCCAACAGUUAAACUUCCUGAAGAACAUCAUCGGCAACAUGGAUACAGUCAAAGAAAGCAAAGCUGGAGAAGAAGACGAGGACGACGUCCCUGACCUUGUUGGUACCAAUUUCGAAGAAGCUUCAAAGAAAUGA